AUGGGUGGCGAUGCAAUCUGGGGCCCCGAUGGCGAGGCGGUUGCUUACAUCACUGCUGCCGGCCUUGACAAGACCAACUUGAAGCCACUCUUCACCCUCCUACCCUCGGUCACUGAAGACUUGACUCUCUUUCAAACGGGGUCACCGCUCAAGUUCUAUCUCUGGAGUGCCGACGACUACAGUCUUCACAAGGUCACCUUGGAUAACUUGGAUGAAAUCUUGAAAUGGCUGCAGGCUGAGGACAGGCCGUUCUAUACUUUGCCAUCGGAGAGGAUUUUCUGA